AUGGCAGUAAAAGAACCAGUAAAAUGUCAGAUAGCAGUAGAGGACAAAGAGAAAUGUCAGAUAACAGUAGAGGAUCCAGAGAAAAGUCUGAUAGAAGUAGAGGACCCAGAGAAAAGUCAGAUAGCAGUAGAAGACCAAGAGAAAAGUCAGAUAGUAGUAGAGGACCCAGUGAAAAGUCAGAUACUGACCCCAGAGAAAAGUCAGAUAACAGUAGAGGACCCAGAGAAAAGUCAGAUAGCAGUAGAUGACACAAAGAAAAGUCAGAUAGCAGUAGAAGACCCAGAGAAAAGUCAGAAAGCAAGAAAGUCAGAUAGCAAUGGAGGACCAAGAGAAAAGUCAGAUAGUAGUAGAGGACCCAGUGAAAAGUCAGAUACUAGUAGCAGAAGAGGUCCCAUAGAGAAAAGUCAGUUUGCAGUAGAGGAUCCAGAGAAAAGUCAGAUAACAGUAGAGGAUACAGAGAAAAGUCAGAUAGCAGUAGAUAACCCAGAGAAAAGUCAGAUAACUGUAGGACCCAGAGAGAAAAGUCAGAUAACAGUAGAGGACCCAGAGAAAAGUCAGAUAGCAGUAGAUGACACAAAGAAAAGUCAGAUAGCAGAAGAGUCAGUUUGCAGUAAAGGACCAGAUAAAAGUCAGAUAGCUUAG